AUGGCUACCGAGGAGUGGUUCGUGGGGCCGCUCCCCGGGGGCACUGGGGAAACGCCACCCUCGGAUGACUUGGAACCUGGGGCCCAGCCCUGCGAAGACCUCUCGUGGUCGCCGCCCCCUGGUCGACCUGGGGACGCAGCCCAGGAGGAACCGGAGGACGUUCUGGGGCAGCUGCCCAAGGCCUCCUCCCCUUCUAUGCCUUCGCCGGAGCCUCUGGCCCGGGAUCCGGGGCCCACACCUUCUCGCUUACCCUUGGACAACAUGUUCAGCCCCAUCACCGAACAACUCCGCUACCUGCUCAAGAAGGCGGAUGAUUUCCAAAGCUACUUGCUCUACAGCAGGGACCGAGUUCAGAAGGAACAGCUGGCAAAGGCCAUGCCCACCUUCUUAAAGAUGUGUGAGCCCUACUUUCUGUACCUGGAGGCAGCUGCACGGAGUGUGCCCCCCAUCUAUGGAGCCUUGCAGGAGCUGGUUCGAAAGGGGCUGUUGGAGAUCUCCCAACAGCUGACUCUGCGCCUGGAACAGCUGGUGCUCAUGUAUGCCUCCUUUGGGUUCGUGGACCUGGAGGAGACAGACCCCUUAAGCAUCUCCUGUUUCUUCUGCGGGAGAUUCUCCAUCAGUCCUUCCCACGAGGUGUCCAUCUUCAGAUACUGUGCCCCUGCUGCCUACACCGCCAGCCGCUUCCCACGGUACCUCUAUAAGAAGAUGCGUUGGAACCUGGAAACUACUCCGGAGCCCAGCAGCCAGGAGCAAGAUUCCCAUGUGGAUUACUACUUCCUGUGCUAUCGAGACACAUGGGAAGACACAGGCAAGACUCCGGCCAAUUCAUGCCCCCAGAUUCAGAAGCUGUGGUCUAUCGGUCGAUGGGUGCCCCUAGGACCAGCUGAGGAUGACCUUUAUUCUUGGAUUGUGUGUCCGCAGCCGCCUGGAGACUACCAGCAGCUGCUGACCAUCGGCUUCGAGGAGCCGUCGCACAUGCUAGCCACCGACCUGCUGGUGCAAAUCCUCACGGGCCAGGCAGGCCCGGCCAGGCCCCCGAGCGCGGCCGGCCCCACGGCGUGGGCAGCGCAGGGGUCUUGA